AUGACUUCCAUAUCGAAAUCAUCGACAACAAGUGAUUUUUAUUGUGCAUGUCGUAGUGGAUUAAUAGAUAAAGUUCGUGAACAAUUACCAAAUAUGACUUUAGAAGAAAUUGAUCGAAUUGAAGGAAAUGGCUCUACAGCUCUUCAUGCUGCAUGUUACUAUGGUCAUACAGAAAUAGUUAAAUUAUUAUUAGAAAAAGGUGCUAGUCGUUCAAUAAAGAACGCAUAUAAAUGUUUACCUUGUGAUGAAGCACAAGAAGAUGAAAUUAAAAGAUUAUUUAUACGUCCAUCAGCAACUCGAUUUUCUAAUGAUGGAUCUGUUUAUAGUGAUUGGAUAAAAUGUAAUGCUGAAACUGAAACUCUUGCAAGUGAUUAUCGAUUUCGUCAUUUUGGAUUUGAAUGGAAUAAUAACAAUAUUAAUCAUCGUUUAAAAUAUAUUAAAGAUGAAAUUUCUAAUACAGAAAAUGAUCGUAUUAAGAUAUUUAUAAAACAAGCAGAAAAAGAUUCUGAUUAUCUGCUUAAAGCUUAUACUGUCGAAUCUGACUUUUAUAUUAAACUAAAUCAAGAUUUAGCAAUAAGACGCUUUGAUAAAGAUACAAAUUUUGGUAUAACAUAUUUUAUAGAUUUUUUCUAUAAUAAUUCAGAUUUCAAAAAUUUAUCAUUCAAAGGAAAAGUUUAUCGUGGAACAUGCAUGACACAUGAUGAUUUUAAAGAACUUAGUGUUGGAGUAAAAGUUAUGAAUAAAACAUUUAUGUCAACAACUAAAGAUCGAAAACUAGGUGAACAAUUUGCAUUAAAACAUCUAACUUAUCGUGAAAAACAACUUGGUGAAAAUGUUAAAUUAUCCGCGCUUUGUAUAUAUGAAAUAAUUAAUGAACGUACUGGAUUAAAUAUUGAAGGAAUUUCAGAAUAUAAAGAUGAAAAAGAAGUAUUAAUAGGACCACUUACAGCUUUUAUAAUUACAACAAUACGUCAAAUUGCUCGAAAUUAUGCUGAAAUUGAUCUUCGAGAAUGUAAAAAAGUAAAUUGUCAACAUGAUGAUGAUAAUUAUUUUGAUGAUGACUAG